AUGUCGCUUGACCAUUUACUCAACCCAGUGACUUCAACACCAACUUAUUUAAAGAUGACACUGGAAUUUGACUUUACCAAUCAUUCUCAUAGACGGUAUAACCCAUUAAUAGACAGAUACGUGUUGUGCUCGCCCCAUAGAGCCAAAAGACCAUGGCAAGGAGCAAAAGAAGAGAUCAAGAAAACGCAAUUGCCUGAAUAUGACCCCAAGUGCUAUUUGUGUCCAGGGAAUAUAAGAGCUACAGGCGAUGUCAAUCCGAAAUACCAGUCAACAUACAUCUUUCUUAAUGACUAUCCCGCUGUCAAGUUAGAUCAGCCUGAUUAUACUGACGACAAUGAUAAAUCAAGUUUAAAAGGUAAAUUGUUGAAAACAAAAGGUGUUAGAGGGAAAUGUUUUGUUAUUUGCUUUUCACCAAUACACAAUCUCACCCUCCCACUUAUGAGGAAUGAAGAAUUGUACAAUGUUGUGCAAACGUGGCAAAAUUUGUAUAAUGACUUAUUGCUCGAGGUACAAGAAAAGAAAGGACCUUACAAGUAUUUGCAGAUAUUUGAAAAUAAAGGGUUUGCAAUGGGCUGUUCGAAUCCGCAUCCACAUGGUCAGGCUUGGUGUUUAGAUAUGAUUCCAACGGAGGUGAAUGACGAGUUGGUCAAUAUGCUGAAAUAUUUUCGUGAAAAUGAGAGCCACUUGUUAGGAGAUUAUGUCAAGUUGGAAAUGGAAGAAAAAUCGAGGAUAGUGGUUGAAAAUGAUUCUUUUAUUAUCGUAGUGCCAUAUUGGGCAUUAUGGCCCUUUGAGACUUUGUUGAUCUCCAAGGUACACUUGAAAUCAUUACGUGAUUUCAACGAUAAACAAAAGGAGGAUUUAUCCAAGAUAUUAAAGAAAUUAACUACCAAAUACGACAAUUUGUUUAAUACUUCGUUUCCUUACUCGAUGGGUAUACAUCAAGCUCCAUUCCAGUGUUCAAGAGAACAAGAAGAAUGUUCUUGGUUUCAUAUGCAUUUUUACCCACCUUUACUUCGAUCUGCUACUAUUAAGAAAUUUUGUGUUGGUUUUGAAAUGUUGGGAGAAGCACAAAGAGAUUUGACCAGUGAGCAAGCUGCUACCAGGCUCCAGGAGUUGAAUGGUGAUGUUCACUAUACUCAGUUGGUAAAGUAA